AUGCUCAGUGAGUAUGCCCGACCGACCGAUCGCUCUCACGUAGAACUGCAAUGCCUUGUCGAACCAACGGUUGAAUCCGCCUCUAAUGUAAUCACCGCGAGCGAUCUCAUUGGGAGUCUCAGGAUUACCAGAGUCGAGGUAGAGUACGAACAUAGUAGAGUCAAGAACGUGGAAAUAGUCAACGUUGGCAGGGCUCAGCUCCAGAAGGGUUUCGAUACGUGUGAUGACAAUGUUCUCGGCCUGGGCCUGGUCUAUGGAAACAUUCUCCCUCUUGCAUCGGUAUUCGUCGGCAAUAGUGGAUAUGGAGAAGUUCGUGCCAGUCUUGCAAAUGGAACUCCCCUUGUUGUGGCAGGCGACAGCGAGGAUAAGCCAGAGAUUUGCGCCAUCAUCGAAUGGGCUGGUGUCACUGUUAACCUUCGAACAGGAAACCCAACAGGUGAAGUUCUUCGGGAUGGGGCUGGCAAGCUACUGUCGAAUGCCAAGUAG